CAGUCUACUGUCUCUCCCCUCGCCCCGUUAUCGUCGGCGCCGCCGCGAAAGCGCUGGCGCUGGGUUCUCUGUUCUGUUCUGUUAGUUUUAGUGCAGCGUUCGUACGUGUAGAGUGUUGUGUUGAACGUUGAACCUAAACCGGGACUAUGUCGUAGUGUACCUCGAUGUGCGUGUGACAGUAACCUGUUCCUUAUAAACCAGUGUCGGGAUUAUUUAGAUGGUGAAGAUGUCAGUCAUGCAGAUACAGCAGGCCAAACGGCAACAUUGCUACCUGUGCGACUUGCCCCGGAUGCCGUGGGCCAUGGUUCACGACUUCUCGGAGGCGGUUUGCCGCGGUUGCGUCAACUACGAGGGAGCGGAUAGGAUCGAGAUCGUCUUGGAGACGGCGCGCCAGAUGAAGAGGGCGCACGGAUUUCAGGAGCAGCGCUCGAGCUCUCACAGCUCGAAGAGCCACCGGGCCACGGCCUCCGGCCACGAGCACCAGAACGGUGAGGUGGUGGCCUCGUCGAGUCGCCAGCAGGCCGCCAGCCACCACUCUGGGACCUACAACCUGCACCAUUCGCGUUCGGGCAUGCUGGCCGACUACCAAGCGGCCCAGCAGCCGCCCCCGCCGUCGCGCGGCGCCUCGGCCAUGCCCAGGCCGCAGCAGAUGGAGGCGACUCAGGAGCACGACGCCCUGGUGGCCCGCACCACGGUGCGUUUGCCUACGGCCGCCCACCUCACCCACCACCCGCUGCAGGGACACCAUCACUCCGCCAACGGCAGGCCGGGGCCGAUGCAGCAGCAGGGUUUGAAGAGAGGCCUCUCGUCGGCCGACGAUGACGACCACCACGGUCACCAUCACGCCAACGGCGACAUUAACGGGGCCAAAAGGAUGAUGUCCGUCGAAGAGCACAGCAAUGCAGUGAGGCCCCCCUUAACCAGAGGAGAAUCGCUCCCGGCGGUCUCUUUGGCGCAACCGUUCGUCGUUUCGACAGAGAGAAGCUUCAAACAAGAAAAGCAUCCCUUGAGGACGGCGUCAUUCGAUACCGCCACGGCGUUCAAACCCAAUGCGCCUGGUUCGGGAUCAAACACGAACGGUUCCAGCUCAGGUUCUCCCUUGAGCGGUCGCACCGGUUCGCCUCCCGAUCCCACCGCUGCCACUACCCAACAAACUCAAGCUACAGGCGCCACUGGUCAAAGUCCCAUGGCAGCCCUUAUGUCAGUAGCCGACAAUCUACCCCCCGGCAGCCCCCGAUCAGCUGUCGGUAGUCCGCCAAGCAGUGCCGCCCCGAGAUCCGCCUCAAGGGGAUCGCAACAUUCGCCCAAUUCUACAGAUAUUGUAGGUUCCACCAGUAGUAGGAGAUCGUCGGGUUCACGACAUGUGUCUUCUACAACUGUUACUUCGACAGAGGCCGGAGGCGCCAUGGGUCCUAAUGCUGAGUCUAUGACUGGUUCUGCCGAUAACGUCGCACCUCCUACUCCGGCUACUACUGCUACUUUGAAAUGCACAUUGUGUCAGGAGAGAUUGGAAGAUACUCACUUCGUGCAGUGUCCGAGUGUGCCGCAUCAUAAAUUUUGCUUCCCUUGCAGUAGAGAGAGCAUCAAGAGACAGGGGGCUGGGUCUGAGGUGUAUUGCCCUAGCGGUGAGAAGUGCCCAUUAGCAAAUUCUAACGUGCCGUGGGCUUUCAUGCAAGGUGAAAUAGCGACGAUACUUGGUGAAGAGUACAAGGUGAAGAAAGAACGGGAAACCUAAUAUUGGAUGCGCUAAGUACGAAGUACGAGGCUCUCUUUAAACUCGACAAACAGUCGAGAAAUGUCUCUUUUCAAAUGAAAGAGAUGAUUUGUUGAAAGUCGCUGGCGAAAGUUUGAAGAAGCUGGAUUUAAAAUAUGGUUUGUCAGUAAUCAGGUUGAUAUGUAAAAUUGAAGCGAAGAAGGCUGUGUCGAAAUAUUAGUUUAAACUUGGACAAGUCGUCCAUCUGUCCGUCUUAUGAUUGUAUACCCACCGAAUUAAAACAAAAAUAUAUAUGGCUAAUAUCGCCGAAAGUGUACAUAUAAAGAGUCGGGUAGUGAAAAAAGAAAUUUGUUUUACUUUAGUUUUUUGUUUACUGGCGUUUUUCAACGUCGCACUUUUUGCCUAAAAACUUCUUAUCUGAUUUAUGUCUGUCUCAGCUUUAUAGAUUUGUGUAUUGGACGUUAUGUUAAUUUGUAAAUAUUGUAUAUAAAAAUCGUGGUAAAACUUGCAAAAAAAGUGUACAAAGUAUAUUAUUUAAGCGAACGUAGAUUUAAGUCUUGAAAAAUAAAUUUUAUACGCACAACUAGUCAGUAAAAAUUUAUAACUUUUUUUUUUUGGUUACUCGUCUAGUUGUAGUGUGAAAUUUAUUAACCUGAAGUAUGACUUGAGUUUUAUUUUGUUGUGUAAAACUGUUCAUACUAUAAAAGGCCUCUUAUGAAAAGCUGUAAAUAUUGUAUAUUCAUCAGCUGUUUAACGACAUGGAAAAUCGACCAGAUUUUAAAAAUGCCGUUCUUUAUUAGUUUUGUAGAACUUUGUUAUUAAUGGUACACUCGGGCCAUGGCUUUUUUUAUUUAUGGAAAGUAACCUAGUCAAAACAUGAAGUGUCUCACACUUCAUUUAUAGGAACUCAAAACUCGCUGGUAUAUUGUAAGAACGAUAAUUAAAGAAAAUCCUUGAUUAAAAAUAACAUUUAACUUGUAUAUUCAUACCAUGUUUAAUGUUCAAGGUCUCCUCACAUUUGUUUGCUUGUUUAGUGAGAAUAUAACAGUAUACCGCUAUAAAAAAAAAUUUCAUUUCUUCUUUGUUUCAGAUUAGUUUAUUCUUCCUAAACAAAGCCUCAAACAAACGACCAUUUUUCGAUUGUAUAGACCUUGUAAAUAAACUACAUGUAUACCCUAAAACGACAUUGUUACCACAGCAUUUGGCAGAAAACUUGACCAUCCUGCUCCACUUAAUUUGGAAUUUUCCAGUUGACGAAUUUUAACUUGGACGUGACUGGUUCACAUAAACGUUUUUAUUGCAUAACAUUGGUGCUGGCUACACGUCACAAGUUUUUAAAAGUGCAAUAAAAACUUUGUGUGGCGCCAAGCUGAUAAUAAAUUUUGUUUCACGUUAACAGAAGUGAGGAUAACGUUUUUGCUUCUCUGGCCCUAAAAAUAACUAACUUGUAACAUUGAGAGUUUUGAAAUUUGUGAUAAAUGCACAGAUAUUUGUAUUGACAAUGUCAAUCUUGUACAUUUUGUAGUUGUUAAUUUAUAUAACAACUGACAUCAAUUUGUUUGGAAGCUUGUACAAUCUUUGCUGUUAGUGGAUGUCAAAUAAAAUGAGAUAAUCAAUGUC